AUGUCAGGCUUGUAUGAGCGAGUUCCCAAGUUGGAACCCAGUUCGGCAGUUUCUGGCUUGGCUGCGCCAGUCUCUCAUGGCCUACCUGAUAUCACUUCCGCUCACCCAAUUCCCGCUUCCUCUCUAGAUAACCUCACCAUGGACAUGAAAAACUUGGUGAAAAAGAUUCAAGACCUCAGCCACUUGGGAAUCGAGGACAGCAAGAUCAUGCUUCCGAAGAUAUGUGUCGUGGGUGACCAGAGCACCGGAAAAAGCUCCCUUAUCGAGGGCAUUUCCGAGAUCAAGGUGCCUAGAUCGGAAGGAACUUGCACUCGAUGCCCCCUGGAAAUCAAUCUUUCCGAAAGCGAUGACAACUGGAAAUGCAUGAUCCACUUGUCACGCCGCUACGUCUUCGAUCCCUCGAAGCGGAUGAAAAUUCCCAAGAAGUCAGAGCCACUAGGACCAUGGAUUGCCCUUGGUGGCCAAGAUGAUGAACAUUUUAUCACCUUGGACAAUAAACAGGAUGUCAAAGGGGCUAUCUUGUGUGCCCAGUUAGCAAUUUUGAACCCUAGCACGAAUUCGCAAGAUUUCCUUCCCGGGCUGACCGACAUGGAGCAGCCGCCCCAGGUUAAAUUUUCUCCAAAUGCUGUCCGCUUGGACAUCUCCGGUUCUGGUCUUCCAAAUCUGUCUUUCUACGAUCUGCCUGGAGUGAUUAGCCAGACUGAACAGGAUAAUGAACGUUACCUGGUGAAUCUGGUCGAGAACUUGGUCAAGGAUUAUGUUUCUCAGGAGCAUUGCAUUGUGCUUCUCACAAUGCCCAUGACAGGCGAUGCAACCAAUUCCAGUGCUGCUCGUCUUGUUAGGGACAUUAAGGGCGCAAAGGAACGUACCCUUGGAGUCCUGACCAAGCCUGAUCGCCAUCCCCCCGACGAAGCAUUUGAUCAAUGGCAUGAAAUCUUGGAUGGCAGCAAGUUCAAGCUUGGUCACGGUUAUUACGUCAUUCGAAACAAUCCUGAUCCACUUGUCAGCCAUACCCAAGCUAGGAAGGAGGAGGAGAUAUUCUUCGGUUCUUCACUGUGGACACGGGAUCUCGCCGCUUUCCAUGACCGAUUCGGUACCACACAGCUUCAAACUGCAUUGUCUGACCUUUUGAUGCGCCAGAUCUUAGGAUCUUUGCCGUCGAUAAUUGCGCAGAUUGACGGAAAGUCAAAAGCUAUUGAUGAAGAACUUCAAACAUUGCCCAAUCCUCCUACUGAAGAUGUGCAGCGGAUCCUGUGGGGCAAAACCUCGGAUCUUGAACGGAAAAUCCAUGAACUGUUCGAUGGAACACCCGGCAUCGAGAAUGGUCCUUCGCAGCGAAAGCCGCUGCAAGAGCAGUGGAACAAGAUCGUCAUGGAUCUCCAAACUGCACUUGCAAAGACACGCCCCAUCCUGGACGUUGCUGCGCAGAAGGACAAUGAAGACUUGGCAGAAGUUGUGGAUUCCGAUUGUGAAAUGAAAAUUGUGGGCGCCAACAUGUCAACUCCAAAGAAACGAAAGUCGCCUGCGAGUGCUACUUCCAUAUCAGAACCGUCAACUCCGAGAAGAACUGUGUACAGCACCUCCCAUUUUGAAGGGUCGAAGCCUACCCGAAUCAGUCUACAGCAGCUCACAGAACUCAAAAUCCGCUCCAACACGGUUGGUGUGCCGAACCAGCUUGAUCCACGAGCGAUUGAAAAUCUGAACAAAAGGAGCGUGGAGCACUGGGGAAAGCUCAUGGAGAUUUUCCUAAAGGCCACCCAUAGCCUUGUGCACGGCAUGUUGAUUGAAGCUCUUGAGGAAGAAUUCGCCCAAUAUCACCAAACUGGUCUGUAUCAAGAACUGAACAGAAUAUUGAAGGAAUUCAUGAGCAAGCUCCGCCAUGCUCAUCUUCAAAUCGCGAAAGAUUAUUGCAAGUCCGAGCGUGAGAUACCGUUCACAAUGGCUCAAGGUCAACAUCAAGUUCUCAUGGCACAGGCUGCACACUCUCUCAAAGCUCGUCGAUUCAAUGCUCGUGCCAGUUGUUGGCUAAAGAUUCGUGGCCACGAUAUGAGUGACGAAAGAAUUUUCGAAAAGAUCAAGAAGAUUCAACCAGACCAACUCGGUCCGGAUAGAUACUCUCAAGAACUUGAGAUGAUGGCUAGCUCGCUGGCCUACUAUGAUAUCGCAUCUUCUCGUUUCCUAGACGUCCUAUGUCAGUCCACUCACAUGAAGUUGUUCCGGGCUUGCCGUGCAAGUCUCGUUAAUACUCUUCGUGACGACCUGGAGAUUUUCGGUGAUAACGGUCGUGCUCGCUGUCUCGACCUUAUGACAGAGGACCCUGAACGCCGGCAUCGCCGUGCUCAGUUACUGAAAGAACGGGAGAAGUUCAGCAAAGCUCAAGAAUGGUUGGCCUCCGUCCGAGAUUCAGACGUCGAAAUGGAAGACUCGGACCAAACUGCGCUCGUAGACAUCAAAGAAGAUUGGUGA